GUACUGCUGCAGUGGCUGUAGCAGGAAUUCUGGCCAGUCUCAAGAUUACAAAGAAACCAUUAAAAGACAAUGUGUUUGUCUUCCAAGGGGCUGGAGAGGCCUCUAUUGGUAUUGCCACUCUAUUGGUCAUGGCUAUGGUAGAAACAGGUAUUUCUGAAGCAGAUGCCAUCAAAAGGGUGUGGAUGGUAGACUCAAGGGGACUCAUUGUUAAGAACCGUCCAUCAGGGGGAGUAACUGGCCAUAAAAUGAGAUUUGCCCAGGACCAUGCUCCUGUUGAUAAGCUGGUGGAUGUCAUUAAAAAAGUCAAGCCUACAGCCAUUAUAGGUGCUGCCGCUGUAGCUGGUGCUUUUACAGAGGAAAUUCUGACUACCAUGGCUAACAAUAAUGAGAGACCUAUUGUGUUUGCCUUAAGUAAUCCUACCAGUAAGGCAGAGUGUACUGCAGAGCAAGCUUAUAAUGUCACCAAGGGCAAAUGUGUCUUUGCUAGUGGCAGUCCAUUCCCUGCUGUGACCUACAAUGGUAAAACAUUCCAUCCUGGUCAAGGCAACAAUGCUUACAUAUUCCCUGGCAUUGCUCUAGCUACCAUUCUGUGUGACAUUAGGUCUAUUACAGAGGAAGUCUUCUUAGAAUCAGCAAAGUUACUGGCGAACAUGGUAGAUGACAAAAGCUUAUCCAUGGGGCUGGUGUACCCUCCCCUGUCCAGAAUUCUCCAAGUCUCCACCGACAUCGCCAUUGGACUGAUUAACUUCGCCUACAAACACAAGCUGGCCUACCACUACCCAGAGCCUGAGGACAAGAGGAAGUUUGUAGAAUCCUACCAGUAUGACAUGUCCUACAAGACCUUUGAACCUGCAACCUAUGACUGGCCCGACGGUCUGAAUUCCACCGAGUGUAAAGUUUAGAGAUGCCAUAUUUUUAUUGUUGUGAAAGUUGUUUAUGAAAUGAUAUGCUGGAUGCAGUGAAAUACAAUGAUGAUGCUAUGUUGUUACAAUAUUGUGAAAGCUGUAUUUUGAUAAGGAGUGCUUUUUGUGUAUAGUGGACUGGUAGUUGAUAUAUUAAAAAAGAGUAGAAAUCCCAGUGUAAUUGCAUUGUUCUAUAUCAAACGUUAAAAAGUGCCAUUUGAAUUACAUGUUUCCAGCAAGAUACUUCAAUCUGCCAUUGUUAAGUUGAGCAACUGAAUGAUAUUAUGAAUACAGCCUCAAACAUAUUGUAAGGCAGUGGUAAUUUUAUUAAAAUUGUAAAUGAUAUUAUCGUAUUUUUUUCAAAAAUAAUUUAGCUGUUUAAAAUAAAUAACUAUCUUUUACAAUUUGCAAUGAGUGUUUACCAAUGAUAUUCUAAAUUCAUGGUAUUGAUUUAAAUUUUAAGGUAUUUUUAGAAUGAUGCUGCAGUUUUUUUUUUCAAUUGAUCAGAAUGCACUUACCAGUAACUAAAAUGUGUAUAGUAGCUGUGAAUUCGACCAAUACUACAAUAUAUUUUAAACAUUGGAAUUAAUUUGUCUGUAGUUAAGUAUACAAUUAUUAAGAUGGUAGGAAAGAAGAGUAAUGUAUAGAAAUGUAUUUCAGAUCAGAAUAUGUAGGAAAUAAAGUUAACAUUGUCAACUUAAAAUAAAUAAACAUGUUAAAUCU